AUGAAGCACACAAUCGUAAUAGAAGCGGUUGGAAAGGGAAUACACGGUGAUGCAUAUUACGUUGGCUCAUGUGACGGACACAACGGUCAAAAAACGGACGUCCUAUACCUUCCUCACUGUACACUGACAGACGACCUUCCACCAGUGAUUGUCGAGACUCGGCAAAAUUUCGACCAUCCAUUUAUUAUCUGUGGCAUUCGCUACUGCCUUGAUGUCUUUGAGAAAACGCAUAUUGUACCAAACUUGGUUAUGUUCAACCUCAGCAUACGCAUUAUUUCGAAAUAUUAUGCACAAGUAUCUGAUCAAGUUAAAGCGAUAAAAGAUUUUUGUGAUGACAUUAACCUUCAAUUUGGAACAAUCAUUAAAUCAACAAAAAUUAUCACACAAUCUUCAAUAAAACAGGCCAUCAAAUACGCAGAGGCUAGUAUGCAGUUUUCGAAAAAAAAAUGCGACGCCUACACAACGAUGACAGGUGUGACAGCGACGUUACUCCUAUCUAAUCAGCCAUUGAUGAAAAUCAGAGUGAUGACUUAG